AGCAGAUGGUCCGUCAGUAAUUCUCAGACUCCGUAAAGGCGAGGAGCUUCUCUUUCAAAAUUCUCCUUAAAAAUCAAAGAAAAAAAAACUUUAAUUUCUCUUAUUUAGUAAAAAAAAAAAGGUAUUUUUAUCGAAAAAGGGGAAAAAAAGUAUUUUUUUAACAACAAUAUUUUUUUUUUUUUGAGGGAAAAAAGGAAAAAAAAAUGUUUUUCCACUUUCUUCUCACGGUGUUGAUUCAAAUUUGGCUUGUGAGGGGAAAUACAAUGGAAUCGAGUCCAACGAUUGCUUCCACGACAACAACAUCGACAACAGCAACAGGAACAGCGACAACGGGAUUUAAUUCGAGAAAUGAAAAAUCAAUUCACGAUAAUUCGGCCGAACAUGUACAAGUAAUGAGGCCGCCGUCGUUUUUCGAUUUGCAAAAUAUGCACACGACUAUUGUCCACGGAAUGCCUUGUGUUUGUAAUCUCGGAUUCAGAAGUGCAAAUUUGAGGGAUGAUUAUCAUUUGAGUGAAGGUAUUGGAGCACACAAACUUCAUACGAGAGCCGCAACUUGGAACGAGGCCAGGAAGACGUGCAAUGACGAGGGUGGACAUUUGGCAAUUAUCAAUUCGAAGAGAGAAGCCGAAGUAUUGAUGGACUUAUUCAAUAAAUCCGAACCAAUAAAGAAUGCGUCCUAUGACAAUGUGGCAUUCUUGGGAAUUCACGAUUUAUAUAAGGAGGGAGAAUGGGUGAAUGUUCUGGGCGAUUCACUCUCAAAGUCUGGCUACACUCGCUGGAGCAAUGAAUGGGGUGGACAGCCCGACAAUGGUGGGGGAAAACAGAAUUGUGGUGUCUUUAUGAAAGACGGAUCUCUCGACGAUGUCUCUUGUGAUGUACCAUUUGCCUUCUUUUGUGAAAUUCCAAGACUACAAUUUUUACAUUAAAUUUACCCUCAAAAAAAAAAAAAAAAAAAAAAAAAUACAUAUAAUAUAAUCAACUAUAUCAAUAAA